AUGGCUGAUCGCAUGUACUUCAUUUUGGACGGGAGGAUGAAGAAUCCAGAAUACUGGCCCCACUCGCUCACUCGUGGCUUCCUAAAAGAAUUCAAAUUCCGAAUUUACAACGCCAGCUUCUCAAUUUUCUUCACCUCGAUCAACAUAAUUUUCUCCCAAAAUUCCUCGACGACUACCACUCUUUCGGGCACGCAUUUGAUGGGAAACCUUGAGGGUGCCUCUGCCGUCAACUUUACAAACUCCUACACCGAACAAUGA